AAAUCACCACAAAUUUCAACUCCAAAUUCCUCCGUUAAAUUAUCGUCGUCGUUUGUUGUCAUUAAAUCAGAUGAUAAAGAGAGCUACUACUUCCCGGAAUGUCGAAAAGAUACCAAUUGCGAAAUUUGCAUAGCAAGUUUCAAUGCCGCCCUCGAUCUGAUGCACAAGAAACCCAUAAAAAAACUCCCCGUGGCUCGAAAGCUUCAUUUUCCAGAAAUCCCGGUUUCUCACAGCCCAUCGACUACUCUUUCGACCCCCAAAUCGAGUAGCAACAGGUCUGCUUCUUCGUCUAUGUCCCCUCCGCUGAAUUCUACAGCGAGGGUGAGUUUUCACGCGAAGGUGAAGCGGAGGAAGAGUGGAUUCGGGUUUGGGGUUUUGAUGAUGAGGUUGAUUUUUGGAUUGGCGGUUGUUUUCGGGUUGGAGUUAGGGUUUUCUUGGAUGGUUUCGGGGUUCUUGAGGCAUCGAUUUUCGAUGGAAAUGAUUAAGAAUUUGAGUGAAAAAUCAUGGGGUUUAAAGGAUCUUGAGGAAAGAUUGAUUUUCUUGAAAAUGGAGCUUGAUGGUGUAAUCAACGACGGAGAAAUAGCAAGUUGUAGCCCUCUUCAUUCUACUUGGAAAAUCAACCAGGUGGAUUAUUAG